AUGAUUGAGAAAUUAAUAACUUGUUCUUUAAAUGAUAAUAUCAGAAGGAAAUUAAAUAAACAUAAGCACGAAGGCUUAGAUAAAAUGAUGAAAUUAGGAGUUGAGUUAGAUGGCAGCAAUAUUAAGCCGGAGAUUAGCAAUACAAAUUAUAUAGAUAAAAACGAAAAUUUUAUAAAAAAUGAUUCUAAAACUUUUAAUAGUAAGGGGAAUCUUAAUAAUUUUAGGCCAAGUGAUAUAAAUAGCAGAAACUACCAAAACAGUAAUUUCCGAAAUAAGGAGGGUCACUCUAGAAAUUUUAGUAAUAAUCAAUCUUCAAACAACUACAAUUCAAACAAUUUUGGUAGGAACAACGCUCGGCAAAAUUUUAACUAUAAUUCAAACAAUUUUGGUAGGAACAACGCUCGGAACAACACUCGGCAAGAUUACAAUAACAAUUCAAACAAUUAUGGUAGAGGUACUUGGCAAAACAACAACAAUUCAAACUAUUACGGAAGAAACUCCAUGUGGCACAAUAACAAUAAUGCAAACAAUUAUGAUAAAAACAAUGCCUGGCAAAACAACAACAAUUCAAACUAUUACGGAAGAAACUCCAUGUGGCACAAUAACAAUAAUGCAAACAAUUAUGAUAGAAACAAUGCCUGGCAAAACAACAACAAUUCAAACUAUAACGGAAGAAACUUCAGGUGGCACGAUAAUAGCAAUUCAAACAAUUAUGAUAGAAAUAAUGCCUGGCAUAACAAUAAUAGAGAUGGUGGAAACAAUACAUGGGAAAACUAUAAUCUAAGAAAACAAAUACAAUAUCAUGAUCAGAGCCAAAGUAAUAGCAACAAUUGCAAUAUGAAUAUUGAAGGUGGAAAUCAAAAAUGA